AUGAAGUCGACGCUCCUGACUUUGGCGGCCGUGCUGGCGUCGAUGGUGGCCGUGGAAGCCCAGAUCCCGGGACUGGGGACGGCCCCAGAAAGCUUCGGCAUCUGGAACGGCUGGGCGAUGCCCACGCCGCGGGCGGAGGCGGAGCUGAACCGCCGCCCCUCCUGCAUCAACGUGGUGGUCCGCGGCCCGGGCUUCUCGAGCGUCAUGGCGGGCGCCGUGGACCCCGACAGGAUCGAAGACUGCCUGGACACGUCCAAGCUGGACUUCGCCGGGGCCAACUUUUCGAUCAAGGGCCACCUGAUGGUGCGGACGGUGGAAGACUUCACGUGCGUGGGUGGCAACACGAGCAAGGUCGUCCGGAGCCACCUGGUGGGGCCGCAGGUGGACGAGGGGCUGCGGGUGGUGGACUGCGUCCUGGCGAAGCGAGAGGACGACGAGACUGGCCCUAAACUCAUGUUGGCAUUUGGCUUCCCGGUCACGUUCGAGGGCGACUUGGCGUCAGGCUCUGGUGAGGGCCAAAUUCCGGACCCCAUGUGCCCAGAGAGCAUCGAAGACAGGAACGACACUCGGGUGAUGGUGUACGCCACCCUGAGGGCCAUCAAUGCGGGGGAGAUCCUGGUGGAUCGCAGCGAAUUCGGGUGCCAAGAGUGA